CCCGCCGAUCCCCAGCGCCACUCGCGGAGGUUUAAGAGCGCAGGGCAGUGGUAGAAUGUGUUCCUGAUGGCAACAAUCCACAUUUAAUAGGAACCACCUCACGUCGCAAGCGACGGCAUGACACCACGAGGGUGCUGUCGAUAGAUGGCUUUCGAGAACGGAAAGAAUGGAAAGCCGCAUGCUCCUGUCAUCCUGGACGACACAGAUAUCUAGACAGAGAUUUGAGAGACUUGGUGACCCUCAAACUCGGAUAUCUACAGAGGAAACAUAAAGUCCCUUCGAUCGAUUUACCCUCCCAAAAUUCGCUACUUCCCGGAAUGGCGUGCGUCGAAUGUCGUCGCAGGAAAACUAAAUGUGACACCACACGGCCAAUUUGCGGCAGAUGUGAGAAGUUUAAUAGAGACUGUCAUUAUGAGCGUAUGGAACGCCCCACUCGGCCCUCGUUGAGCCAGCUCGAAGAAAGGGUAUCAAAUGUGAGCAGGGAGGUCAGGGGGAUGUUGAGAAAGACUGCUAUCUCCAAGCAUGGACUCAUCCAGAGACUCAGCGGUUGCGAAGGGGAAGUCGGGAACCCCCCGCGUGGGUUCCCUGGUCGACCAUACAUCCCUUUGUAUCCUGAUUCCUCCGUUCUUAACUUGCCUAGACCCACCUGUGGGACCGGCUCUGUCACGAGGGUCGUCUUGCCUGAAGGCUACGGCACGGUCAUACCAAGGGGUGUGAUAGAUGACAAAUUACAACACUUUGACACUUCUUUGGGGGUCCCCCACGACUUGAGCCAACAUCUCAUUCAAGUUUUCCUUCCCUUCAAAGGUCAAUUCAAUUUUUACAUUCACAUUCCGCGCUUCCUACAACGCGCUCAUUUUCCACCCACGCAUCCCGAGUCUGUUCACCCUGCUCUACUGAGUGCCAUCCAUCUAGCUGCUUGCUCCGUCGGCGGUGGAUUGAUGUCUAGCUACGAGCCUGUGUUCUUAACUCACACAUGCAGCCACCUUGAGCAGUCGCUCACUUACGCCGACCGGCUCAUUCAUUUCAUGUGGGCCUCAGUCAUCCUUGGCUGCUAUUAUAUGCGGGGUGGAAGAGUGGCGAAGGCGUUCAACACGAUCUCAGCCACUGUACGCUUUGCAGUCGCCGCGGGGCUUCAUGGGAGUGCUCGAGGGGACGAAGCAUACCGAAUGACGCCCGACUCGGAAAGCCUGCUUACUCCUCCUGCUGAUGCCAUUGAGAGCGUCGAGAGAGUCAACUUGUGGUAUGCUCUUGUUCUUUGCGAAACUUCUAUUAGUUUGUGUGCUGGAUUUCCCUCAUCGGCUCCAGGCGAUGUGGGUGUAUAUGAUUUCUAUGCCAGCACCAUAGCUUAUAUUUGUGGUUCGGCACAGAAUCGUGCCUCAGUGGAGGCGAUGCUCUCCUCCUAUAGUCGGAUGACGCAUGAGCUACUACCGAGCCCUGAUCUGAGAGCAUAUCAAAGCGUCAACCAAGUCCCAGAAGCUGACCUCAAGACAAAGUCUGCCGUCCUUUUGGAGGCAGCGAAAAACCUUGUGCUAGGCAUCAGCCUAACCCCAGACGGAUCUCUUGCUGAAGGCUGCAGACGGCGCCACGGAGUGCUCCUCAAAGCCUACUCCAUCCUAUCUCAGAAUCUUCCAGAUAUCGCAGAUCCUCGUGGUCUUCAGCCAAGCGAGACAGUUUGUUACGCGAACCCAGAGCUUGUCCAGGCACAUCUGGCUUUACAUGCGUGCGCUAUCUUGCUGAACAACAUCCAAGUCUCGGUUCACCCAGACGUCAGCUCAAGGAAGAAUGUCGUUAACGCAGCGCAUGCUAUGGCAAGGAUUGCAUCUCACAUCCGACCCACCGGAUCAUUGUUGCCUAUUCAUGGGCAUCUGAAUUCAAUCUGGUACUUCUACAUGGGUUGUGAGGUGCUCAUUCGGGAAAUAAUGCAUCUAAGAUCACGCAUGUCACCAAGUGACACGGCCACAGCUGAAUGUAACCGAAGUCUUCUCAUCAUAUUAGAUAUCCUGCUCGAGCUCGUGAACUACUACCCUUUUUGGGAGUAUUCUAUCAAGAAGAUUCCUUUGUUAUUAUCUGGGGUCGAGGAUUAUGACACCAUCUAAGGUUGUACAGUCAGUGUGCUUACACGCUGUGCUGACGCGCAGCAUCCCACCAAUCCCGACACCCUUCCCGACAUGUCCGUACGCUUCCGAUCUAUAGGUAAGGAAUGGAUGGUGAAUUGUGAAGAACAAAGGUAAUAUGUACACCCGGGGGACCUC